AUGGAUAUUGUCAAUUAUCUCCAAGGUAUUACACAUCGUUUUAAGAAAAAACUAUUAUCCUUGAAUACUUUCAAAAGCAUUCCACAGUCAAAUGAUAAAUAUGUUAUAGAAAAUCAAAUUAUAUCGACCCGAGUCUAUAUUGUCAUAGUUCUAGCUGGCUUAAUUAUAACAGCUCUUUAUGCAUCACUCGUUACAACAGCAACUGUUACGAUGGUGUCACCUGAUCUAUCUCUUUUUUAUACAUUGCUUGAAAAGUACUUCGGCACUGUAUCUUGUCCGUGCUCUCAAAUUACUGUUCAAUAUGAUACAUUUAUCAGUCUAAAUGUUCAAUUUCAUCAAAUUUGUUCGAGUUAUUUCAUUUCUAAAGAUUGGAUUCAUUCCUUCACCGAUAGAAUCAAUUUAAUCCUACUCUACAACGACGAUUUUCGUGUUACAGCACCACAUCAAUUUCAAGCAUUAGCAGACUUAUGUCAGUUAUUUAAUACAACAAUUGCUGACGAAUUAAGUAGUUUUUUAUCAACAGAUUUAAUCUCGUCUAAAGUAAUGCACAGUGACGUGUUCUUGGCUGACGUCGAAGCUAAUUUGUAUUUAUUCCAACUUACAACAACAAAAACAGUUCGACGAUUGUAUGACUUGAUCAGAAGUACAACACAGGGAAAUCAAUUGUUAUCGGCAUUAUCAACGAGUUGGGUAUUAAAAAUUGAUGACACCUCACUCGGUUUAAUGAUCCGUAAUUAUUUGGUAGUGUCAAGUAAUUCAAAUUGUAGCUGCUAUAGUGAUUCAAGAUGUGUUGAGCCAUCUGCUUUAUAUGAUUAUACAGCUUCUUCAGUGGAAACGAUUGAGUUCGUGGUACCAGGAUUUUAUAGUGGUUGCUUCAUCGUUGAGUCUCUGUUACCUUCAACAAUGAAGUGUUUCUACAAUCGAUCAUGCAUUGAUCAAAUACAUUAUGUCGACCCCUAUAUUUCAACUAGUGUCCCCAUCCUUGAUUCAUCGUUACCUACCAUUUAUCCACCAGAUACAACACUUGAGACUAUGCUAAAUGAAUUAUUUAUUGAAAAUUGGAAUUCAACAAUAUCCUUCGAAUUGUACUAUAAUAAUUGUCAUCCAUAUUAUUGCACAUACACAUCUGUUCAAAACCAUGGUAUCCUGUAUAUAAUAACUACCAUAGUUGGAGUUUUUGGAGGACUUACAACUGUAUCAAAAAUGUCGAUUCCAAUCGCCGUCGCAUUUAUUCGAAAGAGAAAAAUAAUUACUGAUAGCACUGUGACAUCCUCAGCAAUUGGCUUUAUUGUUCGAUCUAAACUUGUUUUCGAGCAAUUAAAACAUUAUGUUAUGACAAUGAAUAUGUUUAAAACAGUCCGACAUGCAACAAAUCAACAUUACAUAAAAAAUGGAAUUAUAGCAACUCGCAUAUAUUUUGUUUCGAUAAUAGUUAGUCUAUUCAUCCUGACACUUUAUACAUCAUUAACCACAAUACUAACGACAUUUACUGUCAAAUCACCGAGUUUGAAUCAAUCCAGAUAUUUACAUAAUAAAUAUCCAGAUACUUUGUCAUGUCCUUGUUCAGAAAUCUCAAUUCCAUAUCGAACGCUUUUUACAAUUCAACCAGAAUAUCAUGCGAUAUGUUCAAGUGAUUUCAUUUCAGCUGACUGGAUUAACUAUGUUAUUGGUAUUAAUUCAAGCUAUUCAUAUUAUGCCGAUUUUCGUUUUACAUCGCCAAAGCAAUUUCAAGUUCUUUCUGACUUUUGUCAACUCUCAGAUCGAACAAUUAGUGAUGCACUGAAUGUAUUUUAUUCUACUAAGUUUAUCUCAGCUAAAUUACUUGACUCUGAGCUGUUUGCAUAUCAAACAAAAGCAAUUCUAGCUUUAUUUGAAGAUAAUACAAUAAACACGUUUCGGCGAUCAUUUCGUCAGAUUCGUAGUACUAUACAAGGAAAUCAGUUGAUGUCGGGAUUACUAUCGAACGCGGCAUUUUACUUGGUGUUGUUCAAUAACAAACUUUUUGUUGGAUCCUAUCAUGCAGAGUAUAUUGAUGCUGAUGGCUCGCUUUGUAACUGUGGUAAUAGAGCAUGUGUUUCACCAUCAGCUUUUUACAUGGAUGAUCUGUCAGUUACUAACACCGAUCCUUUAUUUAUCGUUCCACACUUUUAUACAGGGUGUUUGGUGAUCGAUUCAUUAAUGAUGUCAACACUUGAAUGUUUCUACAAUCAAUAUUGCUUAAAUCAAAUAAAAAUAUACAUUAAUUCUACAUCAGCUCAAAAUUUUACAAUUUUAACUUCAUCUGCAUCAAGUGGCUAUCAACAAAAUUCAACAAUAGAAACAAUUGUAAAUCAUUUGUUUAUAGAAAACUGGCACUCGAAUGUGUCUUAUCAAAUGUAUUAUAAUUUCUGUACACCAUCCUACUGCACCUACUCAUAUAGUGAUAGACGCGAUAUUGCUUCAAUUAUUACUAUAAUGAUUGGUGUCUAUGGUGGACUCACGGCUGUAUUAAAGAUUAUCCUCCCAACCUUAGUCAGCUUUAUUAAAAAGGAACUAAAUAAGUCAAACAAUCAGAUUACUACCGUUACUGUAGCAUCCGUCUCAUCACAAUAA